AUGUCGAAAAAUAAAACAAUUGAAGAGCGGUAUCAGAAAAAGUCUCAAAUCGAGCAUAUCUUGCUGAGACCUGAUACCUAUAUAGGUAGUGUUGAAAUGCAUACCCAAUUAUUAUGGGUAUGGAAUAAGGAAAAAAAUCGUAUGGUUCAGAAAAAUAUAACUUAUGUACCAGGGUUAUAUAAAAUAUUUGAUGAAAUUAUUGUUAACGCAGCUGAUGUAAAAGCUCGAGAAAAAGAAAAAAGUGAAAACCCUAUGACUUGUAUAAAAAUCGAAAUAAAUAAAGAACAAAAAAAAAUAAGUGUAUAUAAUGAUGGAGAAGGUAUACCAGUAGAAAUACAUAAAGAAAUGAAUAUAUAUGUACCUCAUAUGAUUUUUGGUGAAUUAUUAACAUCCGAUAAUUAUGAUGAUGCUGAAGACAGAAUAACGGGUGGUCGUAAUGGUUUCGGAGCUAAACUAACAAACAUUUUUAGUAAAGAAUUUACUGUUCAAUGUGGUGAUAAUUCACGAAAAAGAGAAUUUAAAAUGACAUGGUCUCAAAAUAUGUCAAAGUUUUCUGAACCUCAUAUAAAAAAUUAUAAUGGAAAAGAUUAUGUAAAAGUAACUUUCAAACCAGAUUUAGAUAAAUUUGGUAUGACCGAACUUGAUGAUGAUAUAGAAUGUUUAUUACAUAAAAGAGUUUAUGAUUUAGCAGGUACAUGUAAUGUUAGAGUAUAUUUAAAUGGUUCAAGAUUGCCUGUUAAAGAUUUUAAAAGUUAUGUUGAUUUAUAUUUAAGAGAUAAUAGCCACCCUGCCAACAAUCCAAGUGUUUCUAAAAAUGCAUUAAAUGGUAAUACAGAUGCAAGUGUUAAUAAAACUAUUGAUAAUUUAGAUGUUAGUGUUUCUCAAGACAAUGGAGGAGUUACAGCUGAUGCUACUCCAUCUAAAACCAACGAAGAAAAUGGAAAUUCAAAUUUUAACAAUAAUAAAUAUGAAGAAGAAAUUGUAAAAAUUCAUGAAAAACAACAUAGAUGGGAAAUAGUUAUUUCUAAAACAGAUGGAUCACAAUUUCAACAAGUUUCUUUUGUUAAUAGUAUUUGUACUACUAAAGGUGGUACCCAUGUAAGUUAUAUUGUUGAUCAAUUGCUAAACUCUCUUAGUAAAAAGGCUAAUGCAAAAAAUAAAGGAGGUAUGGAAAUAAAGUCUGGCCAUAUAAGAAACCAUUUAUGGGUAUUUGUUAAUUGUCUUAUAGUUAACCCAACAUUUGAUUCACAAACUAAAGAAACAUUAACUACUAAACAAGCUAAAUUUGGAAGUAAAUGUAUUUUAACAGAUAAAACAAUAAAUAAUGUCUUAAAAAGUUCUAUACUUAGUAAUAUAUUAUUAUGGGCCCAAGCCAAAGCACAAGUUGAACUUCGAAAAAAAAUGAAAGCAGGUUCUUCAAAAGCAAGAGAAAGAAUUAUAGGUAUACCUAAAUUAGAAGAUGCUAAUGAUGCAGGAAGUAAAUAUAGUCAAGAAUGUACUUUAAUAUUAACAGAAGGAGAUAGUGCUAAAACAUCUUGUUUAGCUGGAUUAUCAAUUGUAGGUAGAGAUAGAUAUGGUGUAUUUCCAUUAAAGGGUAAACUUCUUAAUGUAAGAGAUGCAUCAUUUAAACAAUUAAUGGAUAAUAAAGAAAUUCAAAAUAUAUUUAAAAUUAUGGGAUUAGAUAUUACUGAUAAAAAUAAACAAGAUAUUAAAGGACUUAGAUAUGGCUCUUUAAUGAUUAUGACAGAUCAAGAUUAUGAUGGUUCCCAUAUUAAGGGAUUAUUAAUUAAUAUGAUACAUAAAUUUUGGCCUAGCCUUUUAAAACAUAAAGGGUUUCUUUGCGAAUUUGUUACUCCUAUAGUUAAAGUUCAAAAAGGUAAUCAAGAGUUGUCGUUUUUUACAAUCGCAGAAUAUGAGCAAUGGAAAGAAAGUACUAAUUUAUUAGGAUGGAAAAUAAAAUACUACAAAGGUCUGGGUACAUCAACUGAUAAAGAAUUUAAACAAUAUUUUUCAGAUAUUCAAAGUCAUAAAAUAGUUUUUCUAUGGACAGGAGAUAGAGAUGGUGAUUCAAUAGAUAUGGCUUUUAGUAAAAAAAGAAUUGAAGAUCGUAAAUUAUGGCUACAAAAUUUUAUAUUAGGCUCAUAUGUUGAUCAUAAAGAAAAAGAUUUAUCAUAUUAUGAUUUUGUAAAUAAAGAAUUAAUAUAUUAUUCUAGAUAUGAUACAGAAAGAAGUAUACCCAAUAUUAUGGAUGGAUGGAAACCUGGACAAAGAAAAGUUUUAUAUGGUUGUUUUAAAAGAAAUUUACGAAACGAAUGUAAAGUUGCACAACUUGUAGGUUAUAUUGCAGAACAUAGUGCAUACCAUCAUGGUGAAUCAUCACUACAACAAACUAUUAUAAAUAUGGCUCAAACAUUUGUUGGGUCAAACAAUAUAAAUUUUUUAGAACCAUGUGGACAAUUUGGUAGUAGAAAAGAAGGUGGUAAAGAUGCAUCUGCGGCUAGGUAUAUAUUUACAAAACUUGCAUCAUCUACUAGAAGUAUAUUUAAUGAAUUUGAUGAUCCAAUUUUAAAAUAUUUAAAUGAAGAAGGACAAAAAAUAGAACCACAAUAUUAUAUGCCAGUUAUUCCUACAAUUCUAGUAAAUGGGUGUGAAGGUAUAGGAACUGGUUAUUCAUCAUUUAUUCCAAACUAUAAUUAUAAAGAUAUAAUUAAUAAUAUAAAAAAAUAUAUAGAUAAAGAACCAUUAGUACCUAUGGUACCAUGGUAUAAAGAUUUUAAAGGAAGAAUCGAAUCAAAUGGAAAAUCAGGAUAUGAAACAAUAGGUAUUAUUAAUAAAAUAGAUGAUGAAACAUUAGAAAUUACAGAAUUGCCAAUAAAAAGAUGGACACAAGAUUAUAAAGAAUUUUUAGAAGAACUAUUAACAGAUGAAAAAAAUCAAUUAAUUUUAGAUUAUAUAGAUAAUAGUUCACAUGAAGAUGUUUGUUUUACUAUUAAAAUGGAUCCAGUAAAAUUAAAAAAAGCAGAAGAAGAAGGAUUAGAAAAAGUUUUUAAAUUAAAAAGUACAUUAACUACUACAAAUAUGACAUUAUUUGAUUCUAAUUUAAAAUUACAAAGAUAUGCAUCUGAAUUAGAUAUACUAAAAGAUUUCUGUUUCCAUAGAUUAAAUGCAUAUAAUGAAAGAAAAAGCUAUUUAAUAGGCAAAUUAGAAAAAGAAAAAAGAAUUAUAUCAAAUAAAACCAAAUUUAUAUUAGCUAUAAUUAAUGGAGAAUUAGUUGUUAAUAAAAAGAAAAAAAAAAUACUUGUCGAAGAAUUAUAUAGAAAAGGAUAUGAUCCAUAUAAAGAUAUUCAUAAAGUUAAAAAAGAGGAAAUAUUUGAACAGGAAUUAUUAGAAGCAGCUGAUAAUCCUGAAGACAAUGAAGAAAUUAUUGCUGGUGUAACUGUAAAAGAUUAUAAUUAUUUAUUAAAUAUGCCUAUCUUUAGUUUAACAUUAGAAAAGGUUGAAGAAUUAUUAGCCCAAUUGAAAGAAAAAGAACAAGAACUUGAAAUUUUAAAAAGUAUUACUGUUGAAACUAUGUGGUUAAAAGAUAUCGAAAAAGUUGAAGAAGCUAUAGAAUUCCAAAGAAAUGUUGAAUUAGCUAAUAGAGAAGAAAGUAACAAAUUUAAAGUUGCAAAGAAAACAUUAGGUGGAUUUAAAAAAAAGAAAAAGAAGAAAAAAUUAACAUCCGAUGAUGAAUCUGAAGGUGAUACAUCUGAUAGUAGUGAGUUUAUGAUUAAUUCAUUAAAUAUUAAAAAAAAUAGUAAAAAAACACCAAGUAAAAAAACUAAUACUAGUGUUAGAAAAAAAAUGAGAAAAUUAGAUUCAGGCAUUAGUGUAGAUGAUAAUAAUACGCAAAGUCCUUUAUUAAUUAAUUCCAACGAAAUAGAUGAUAGUAAUUUAUCUUAUUCAAAAGUUGGAGAUAAUACACCUCUAAUUAAUGAAUUAGUAAAUACAUCGAAUCUUACUGAUUCUAAUACUCCAAUAGCUAAUCACGGUAGUAGUAACAAUGGAAUUGAUCAAACACCAGCUCAUGGUGAAAUGAAUUCCGUUAAUAUUAAUGAGUUUUCAGGCAUCAAAAAUAAGCUAUUAGAGCUUGAGAAAAAAAAAAAACCUAGAUUGACAUUAGCCGAAACAAUUAAGAUGAAAAAUAUGGAGAAAGGAGAUGGUGCUGCUAAGGAAACACCUCGAAGUAGAAACACACCCAAAAGGAAGAGGAACACACUAUUAGAUACUUCGAAAUCAAAGGAUGAUUUCGAUUCCGGAGAUGAGGACUCUAGUAAAAAUGAUUCAUCAAAUGCUAGCGAUAGUUCCUACAACAUUUAA